UUACGAAUUUCCAAAAAAAUACAGAUCUUGGACAAUCCGCCAACAUUUCCUCCCUCUUUAAAUCUGGCCUCACUCAUUCAUCACCCUGAGACUCUCUCUCUCUCUCUCUCUCUCUCUCGCUCUGUUACAAACACCUACAAAUCAUCCUCCUCCUUCACCCUCUGUCUUUCACCAGACAAACAUUCCUCGCCCGACCAGAUUAGAUUAAGGCGAGCCCGACAUGUGGGGGACCUUGGUCUCCGAAGCCCCGUGGAAGGAUCCCAAUGAUCACGGCGCCGGGGACCCCGGCAAGCCCCGUCUUACCCCCCUGCUCGAGGAGGGCCGGUCCGUGUCCGCGAUAGCCGUCCCCAUGGUCUUGGCCGGCCUCCUGAUCUAUGCCCGCUCGGCCAUCUCGAUGAUCUUCCUCGGCCGCCUCGGCGACCUCGCCCUUGCUGGCGGGUCCCUCGCCAUCGGCUUCGCCAACAUCACGGGAUACUCCGUCCUCUCUGGCCUCGCCAUGGGGAUGGAGCCCAUCUGUGGCCAGGCCUUCGGGGCCCGCCGGUACAAGCUCCUCGGCCUCACCAUGCAGAGGGCUAUCCUUUUGCUCCUCCUGACUUCGAUCCCCAUCUCUUUCCUGUGGCUCAACAUGAAGCGAAUCCUCCUGUUUUUUGGGCAACAAGACGACAUCUCGUCUCAGGCUCAGUUGUACAUCCUCUACUCGCUCCCCGACCUUGCCGCGCAGUCGCUCUUGCACCCACUGCGCAUAUACCUCCGCUCGCAGUCCAUUACAAUGCCGCUCACGUACUGUGCUGCUCAGGCUAUUAUCCUCCACGUCCCUAUCAAUUACAUCCUCGUCAAUGUGCUCGGCCUCGGGAUCAAAGGUGUCGCGCUCGCUGCUGUCUGGACCAAUAUCAAUCUUGUGUCAUUGCUGAUCGUUUAUAUACUAAUCUCCGGCGUGUACGAGAAGACGUGGGGCGGGGUCUCAUCGGAAUGCCUCAAGGGGUUCAAGUCCCUCGUGGACUUGGCGGUCCCGAGCUGCAUCUCAGUCUGCCUUGAGUGGUGGUGGUACGAGAUCAUGAUCUUGCUAUGCGGGUAUUUGCUGAAUCCCCGAGCCACUGUUGCCUCGAUGGGGGUUUUGAUCCAGACAACGGCGCUGAUUUACAUCUUCCCGUCAUCACUGAGCUUCGGUGUGUCGACGAGGGUCGGGAACGAGCUCGGGGCAGGCCAACCUGACAAGGCAAGGCUGGCGAUGAUCGUGGGGCUGGCUUUUAGCUUUGUGUUGGGGCUCGCUGCCUUGGUGUUCACUACGAUGGUGAGGCACACGUGGGCGAGGAUGUUUACUCAGGAUGCUGACAUCGUGGCCUUGACCUCCAUGGUCUUGCCAAUGAUAGGGCUGUGCGAGCUUGGGAACUGCCCGCAGACGACGGGUUGCGGCGUUCUCAGAGGGACUGCGAGGCCGAAGAUGGGGGCGAACAUCAACUUGGGUUGCUUCUAUCUGGUCGGCAUGCCGAUUGCCGUGUGGCUGAGUUUCUUUGCCGGGUUGGACUUCAAGGGGCUGUGGCUUGGGCUAUUGGCGGCGCAGGGCACGUGCGUCGUGACCAUGUUGCUCGUCUUGGUCCGGACCGACUGGGAAGGCGAGGCACGGAAAGCCCAAGAGCUCACUAGAGAAAAUGUGACCGCCGGCGAUGGCGAUCGUGAUCAGCAUGAUGGUGCAAGUCAAUUUUGGAGGUCUCAUGAGGAUGGCGAAGAAGCUGAGAAUUCAAUGCUAUUGCCAUAAAGCGAAAGGA